AUGUGCGACAAGGUUGUGAGACUACUGGAUGAUGUUAAAGAUACCACCUUCAAGAACGCAGCACCAGAGCUCACUCACCUUUACAGUACCCUUCAACAGUUUCCUGGUGGCGUGGAGGCGUUAUUAGACGCUCUUAGUGACGCCGUACGCCGACUGGGACGUCUUAUCGCAUUCAAUAGCAAGAGUUCAUCAUCUCUAACACCGCAGAUGUUGAACCUGCAUGACCACUUGAAGAUGAUUUCUGAGAGUUCCUUAAAGAGUGACAAGCGUGCUACGAUGGCAAUCGCGAGGGCCAUGGAGGACAUAAUGGACGUCGACCGAAGCUGGCCUCGAUACCUUUAUGAUUUCGUCGAGCACAUCAUAGUCGACGAUAAUCGCGAGAUGAGGCCAGUUACUCGCGAAGUUCUAGCGAAAGCGAUGUCCCUUUUUCGUCGACUGCCGAGCAAGCGGGCAUUCCAGAUACUGUACAAAGAUCGAUUGUCCAAGAGGCUGCUGGAUAGCUUCAGAACUCCAGGGGAAGCCGAGAAAGUAAUGAUUGAUUUGUUAAAAAAUGAAUGCGGUGAAAUAUACACGAGAGCUCUGCAACAGAUGCUGCACGACAUCGAAGCCUCUGACGAACUCAUGGAGGAGUUCAAGGCUUUUCGACCAGACUCCCACGGAGUUCAGCUGAAGGUGACCAUGUUAACGAGCGGUUUGUGGCCCGUGGACACCUACAUGCAGAAAACCGUGUUACCACUCGCUGCGCUAAGUGCGUUAAAUGCGUACCAAAAAUUUUACUUGGAUAAAUACAAGGGCCGGCGUUUUAACCUCCUGACAAACUUCGGCAGGGCAGAACUGAGUGCCAUCUUCUAUGCCCAGGGGGAUACGGAGCCAUCAACGUCAAGAGGCACCGCCUCAUUCAAGUGUUACAUAAUAAGUGUAACUACUUUGCAAAUGUCUGUACUCUUACUAUUCAACAACAUUGACAAAUUGUCGUACGAAGCGAUCGCUUCUGCGACCAAUAUACCCGGAGAAAGCCUGAUCGACACGUUGCAGUGUCUUUGCACGUGCAGUGGCCCUGAGCCCGUUCUCAUCAAGACGCCCGCCUCCCAAGAGAAUUACAAAGACUCCAUUUUCUCCGUGAAUGACGGCUUCAAACAUGAUUCUAAAAAAGUCCAUAUUUCCGAAAGCUUUGCCGCAACUCAAGAGGAGAAAGAGAUCCGAUCACCUACAACUGACGGAGACCACAGGUAUCAAGUAGAUGCGGUGAUUGUAAGAACGAUGAAGACGAACAAGAUAAUGACAUAUGGCUGCCUCUUCAUAGUGGUGAAAGACUUAUUACGUGAAUGCUACCUUCUAAGUGCAGCGCCAUUCAAACAGAGCCUAGAUGCCCUUGUGGAGCGAUGCUACCUAGAGAAGGCACAAGACGCCUCCGAUACGUACUAUUACGUUCCUUAA